GGGAGUAGUAUAUAUCUUGAAAUGAAAAUAUAGUAUCCCUUUCUAUCCAUAUUAAUUGAUGCUGCUUUAGUGUAACUUUAAUAGGUAAUGCGAUAAAAUGCGACCAAGGCUAGAAAUGUUUUCUAACCCGUUUCAUUUUGCCUUGUGCAAGAGGAAGGAUGGUGCGGGUUGGAAUGAAUCGGACGACCACUUGCAUUACUCUUGCAACUUGGAGGAGGAAGGACCGGGUCACGUCACGUGUGGUAAUAGUCGCCUCUGUGGCUUGGUCCACUCGUCUGUCAGCACCACCCAUGGAGCUUCAUCUUCCUCCAUCCAUGUCAAUGUCGUUGUCGUUGACCUCUUUCACUCCAACACUCCCUCCGCGUGCAUACCUACAUUAUAUACGACCAGGAGAUGGAAUGGGGCGCAUCUUCGCUCACCAGGCCACACGGAACUACGUACUGUAUUAAUCAACGACCGAGAUCUGGACACCGACCGCAGGGCCGCCAUGGACUCGUCGUCGUCGCGCUGGGCCGCGCCCGCCGUGUCGGCCGGCGGCGUGCUCGCCUCGGCGGCCAUCUUCCUGCUGUGCAUGACGUUCGCCCACGCGCUCAUCUUCCUCCACCACCGCUACUUCAGCACCGGCGUCGUCGCGCCCAGCGGUCGUCGUCGGGCGCGCGCGCGGAGCGCCCGGACGGCGGCCCCGCCUGCCAAGGGCGUCGACCCGGAGCUGCUGCGGUCGCUGCAGGUCACGGUGUACCGCGCCGCGGACGACGUCGGAAUCGGAUUGGUGGACUGCGCGGUGUGCCUGGCCGGGCUCGAGGACGGGGAGGAGGCGAGGUUCCUGCCCGGGUGCGGCCACGGGUUCCACGCGGGGUGCGUCGACAGGUGGCUGGCGUCCCACACCACCUGCCCGCUCUGCCGGGUCACCGUCGUCGGCAAGCCCGACCCAGAGGCUUCGACGUCCACGAGUCUCCCUCCCGUACCUCCGGAGCCGGCGAACUACGCAGCGAACCUGCCGCUGCCGGCGAGUGUGCUGCUCGGGGUUACAGACCAGACCACGCUCGGUGCGGUGACCGCGGCCACCGAGGGAGUGCUGGUGAUCGACGUUCCGGAGUCAAUGAUGGUGGCAGCGGCCCCGCGCGACGCGUCCAAGUCUCCGGGAGUGGCCGGGCUGAGGUCGGUGAAGAGGCUGUGGAGCUUCGGGAGGCAAGGGCCGUCGGGGUCCACUACGCCCUGCGCCGGCGGCAGCGGAACGGCAGACGUAGAGCGGCGCAUUAGCAUCACCUGUGCAACCCCGAGAUGACGGGUGUGGCGUUGAGCCGCCACCAGGAAUUGCCACCGGCCAGAGAUCCUACGGCGACACCGAUACGGCGAUACGGGAUACGGCAAUUUCUAGAAACAGCAAUAUGCGACACGUCGAGUAUAUAUAAAUAAUAUAAUUAAUAAAAGUGACAUGUAAUAAAACCAACAUAACAAAAUGUCCUCGACUCCAUUAGUUGCCUGAUUGCCUCCAAGCCUCUUUUCUUUUGUCUUGAAUGAUCCAGGUCCUCAACUCCUCAUGGUGUACGCAAAAUAGAAAAUACAUCAACAAGCAGCAACAUCAGCAAGCAAUUUUAUCCAACAAACAUCAACAAGCAGCAAUAGAUAGAAGUGAUAGCCUCCUUUGUGCAGCUAUUUCUCUCGGUGUACUAGUACUACGGACGCCGGCAAGCACAGCCAAGCAAGAAUCCAGCAAGCAGGCAAGCAUACAUCAAGCAGGCAAGACUCGAGGAGGAGAGGCGAUUCCAGGCGGCGGAGGCGGCGGCGAGUCGCCCUCGAGCCCUUCCUCAUG